AUGAGCCAUCACUGUGCUGCCGUCAUGACGACUGUGACUUCCAAUGUACGGCUGCUGUUUCUAUUGGUCUGUGCCGUCUUGAUCUCGCUGCACCUUCAAGGCGAUUCGUCGUCCCAUUCCGAGCUAUUCUCUUCGACUUCUGCACCACCCCAAGAGGACUUUUCCAAUCGACGAGACGAACAACGCAAAUCGUUGCGUCGCGAUGAAUUCUGGUUGAUCGAUUCCGAUACGGUGAUCUUACCCUUUGAUGUGGACUAUACUCCGCCCGAUGACUCCUUUGGGAGCUUUGAUCCCUUGUGGUCUUGUGACGACGAAGAACGACCCAAGAAACUCGUCUUUGUCAACAUUGUGCGGUCCGAUGCCAUGCGAGUACAAGAACUCCUCAAAAACUAUGCCAAGCAAUGUCAUGCUGGAUUUCUCUCUGUGGCCAUGUGCUCGGGGCUCUCCUGGGCUUCCAUGAUUUCAGGUACCUGGGCCAAUCGAAGAUUAAAGGGCGGCGAUUCGGUGACCAAAUGUCCCGUCCAAUCCGCCAUGACCCGUGGUGGAAGCGACAUGAGCAAUAAAACCAAAGUCGUACUCGCCCCAUUGUUGGAACAUUCCAUCGACUUGUUGGCGGGACAAGUCCCACUGGGAUGUGCCGACAAGUGGAUAGCACAACAACAACCAGCCGUGGUCGAAGAUAUACCCCUCGACAAGAAAAGUGUAGAAGCCCAGUACAUUGUCUCCUUGCGACAUCCACAAGCGUGGUUUGUCAGUAGUAUGAUUGACAAACUCAAAUUGAAACAACAACAACACGCCAUACUACUAAACACCAGUACCAUUGUGGCGGCCAUUCAGGAAAAGGUCACCACAGAUCUGGACCAUGGAUUCUAUCAUGAAGUAUACGCCCGAUAUCUUAUUACGCCGUCGCAAAUUUCAUGGAUUCAAAAGGAAGAUGCCGAUGUCGGUAUUCAACAGCGAGUGGAUAUCUCCUUAUCCAAUCUCAAAUCCCAAAAUGCCGUUAUCGUGCUGGCAGAAUACAUGGACGAGUCGCUCGAAAAGAUUCGUCAUCUCAUUGGGUUGGAUUAUAGUAAUGAACAGCAAUUACAGCAACCAACAGUAAAUCCAGAAGAAGCCAGGGUUCUCCAAACGGUCCUAGAUGCGUUGCAUCAGGACAAGGCAUUCUACGGCAAGUUUCAGAACUACCUACAGUACGAACAAAAAAUCUACAAACAAGCCAAGGACAUGCACGAACGACAACUUAAAUGGGUUCGGAAGCAAUAG